GCGCAUGAGCGAGAGAGAAUGCGAGGAGUACGGAAUAGAAUAAGCCUUUUUCUACGUAUACUUUUACUUCUACUUGUCAAAUAAAGGCUCGAUUUAAAUAAUUUAUGCUCGGUGUUGUCCAAAGCUGCACAAAUUUCGGUUGCCAUACGUACUACAUUAGUGGUAGUGAUGUUCUGUGUCAAAUGGGCGGUGGGGGUUCCACGUCCCAUGUCCUACGAAUUGACAGUACUGCUGCUCACACGUCAUAAGAGUCGCAAACACGCUGCCGCACAGUUCAGAUUGUCUUUCGGAGCAGCACGCGCCAGAUGUUAAACGAGUGACAUUUCUCUACGAGUGACGGGCCUCUUACUUCUGUUAAUUUUUCACUGCUAUUCGUCUUUUUAUUCAUUAUAUUCUUGUGUUUACGUGGCAGAUAAAACAAUUUUGAUAACAUGUGUGGGAUUUUUGCUUAUUUGAAUUAUUUGACGCCAAAGAGCAGAAAGGAAAUCUUGGAGUUGCUGGUUGUUGGCUUGAAAAGAUUAGAAUAUCGCGGAUAUGAUUCUGCAGGCGUCGCUCUCGAUAGUGCGGAUGGUAAGGACAUGUCGAUUAUCAAGAAACAAGGAAAAGUUAAGGCUCUCGAGGAAGAGAUAUUUUGCCGUACCAAUCUUGAUUUCGAAUCCCAAAUUCAGAGUCACGUUGGUAUCGCUCACACGCGAUGGGCGACUCAUGGUGUGCCAUCGGAGGUGAAUGCUCAUCCUCAACGCUCCGAUAGUGAACAUACUUUUGUCGUUGUUCAUAAUGGUAUUGUGACAAAUUAUAAGGAAGUUAAAACUCUGCUGCAACAGAGAGGAUACGUAUUUGAAAGCGAUACUGAUACUGAGGUUAUUGCCAAGUUGAUUCAUCAUCUCUGGGUACAGCAUCCCACGUACUCAUUUCGUGAACUCGUUGAGCAAGUUGUCCAACAAUUGGAAGGAGCUUUUGCUCUUUGCUUCAAAAGCAAGUAUUUCCCGGAUGAAUGCGUAGCUACGAGACGAGGAUCACCGCUUCUUGUUGGUAUCAAAACAAAAACGAGAUUGGCUACUGAUCAUGUGCCUAUUCUUUAUGGGAAAGAUGAUCUUCACUGCACAAACAAAGGAGAGAGUAUUGCGCCCACAGCUGUGCAUUGUUGCGCAGUUAGACCGUUAUCCCUCAUAUUAUCCGGGAGUGGCUUAAUACAUGAAAAUCAUCGUCCACAUGGCAGAAAUCCGGAACUUCCGAUUAUGCCGCGUAGUGAGAGCACGUCCGAAUUUCAACCUCUUGAGGACAAGGAAGUUGAAUAUUUUUUCGCUUCUGAUGCGAGUGCCAUAAUCGAGCACACAAAUCGUGUGAUAUUUCUGGAAGACGAUGAUGUAGCGGCUGUUAGAGAAGGCGCAUUGAGCAUUCAUCGUCUUCGUCGCUGCAUGGACGAUCCACAUGCUCGUGAAAUAACGACAUUAAAGAUGGAGAUUCAGCAGAUCAUGAAAGGCAAUUACGAUUACUUCAUGCAGAAAGAAAUUUUCGAGCAAUCGGAGUCAGUUGUGAAUACCAUGAGAGGACGUUUGAAUUUUCAAGAUAAUUCUGUCACUUUGGGUGGAAUUAAAGAUUAUAUCCCCGAGAUUAAAAGAUGCAGACGUCUUAUGUUGAUUGGCUGUGGUACAAGCUACCAUUCUGCUAUAGCUACGCGACAGCUUCUCGAAGAAUUGACAGAAUUACCGGUGAUGGUCGAACUUGCAUCCGAUUUUUUGGAUCGUAAUACUCCAGUUUUUAGAGACGACGUUUGUUUUUUUAUUUCUCAAUCGGGCGAGACAGCUGAUACAUUAAUGGCAUUGCGUUAUUGUAAAAGUCGCGGGGCUCUUAUUGUGGGUAUUACUAAUACGGUCGGUAGUAGCAUUUGUCGUGAGUCCCAUUGUGGUGUGCAUAUAAAUGCCGGUCCCGAGAUUGGUGUGGCAAGUACUAAGGCUUAUACUUCACAAUUUAUUUCUCUAGUGAUGUUUGCACUAGUGAUGAGUGAAGAUAGAAUCUCUCUUCGUGCAAGACGCCUACAGAUUAUCGAAGGCUUAAAAAAUCUUGAUAACCUCAUUCGUGAAGUAUUAAAGCUUGAUGAUAAAGUAAAAGAACUGGCGAAAUCCUUGUUCCAACAUAAAUCUCUACUGAUUAUGGGUCGUGGAUAUAAUUUUGCUACAUGUAUGGAGGGCGCACUUAAAGUGAAGGAAUUGACAUAUAUGCACAGCGAAGGAAUUAUGGCUGGUGAAUUAAAGCAUGGUCCAUUAGCUCUUGUUGAUGAUUCCAUGCCGGUAAUUAUGAUCGUGAUGAGAGACCCGGUAUACAUGAAAUGCAUGAACGCACUGCAACAAGUUACCGCGCGGGAUGGUAAACCGAUCGUUGUUUGCGAGGAAGGAGAUGAGGAAACGAAAGCUUUUGCCGAUAGGGCUCUCGAGAUACCCAAAACAGUCGAUUGUUUGCAAGGAAUUCUCACUGUUAUUCCCAUGCAAUUAUUGUCAUUCCAUAUUGCGGUUUUGCGUGGUUGUAACGUCGACUGUCCACGAAACUUGGCGAAAUCAGUCACGGUCGAAUAAAGAUCAAAUGGAUCCAUGAAUUCUCUUGAAAUAUGAAUUUACUACGACUUUAUAUUGCUAUUAAAUUUUUUAAGCUAUAUGAAGAUGAGAAAAUUAUAACAAAAAUAAGAAGAUAAAAAAAGAAGAAAACAUUAUUACCCAUGCAACAUAGAAAAUUGCAGCAAUAUUGCAAUAUUAAUAAUAUUGCUGCAAUGUUUUGUGCUGUAUGGGUAUCGGGAGUAAAUAUUAGUACAUAUUUACAUUAGUGUGUCCUCCGCCAAUCAUCUUAACUUCGAUAUAUAUAUAUAUAUAUAUAUAUUAUCAAUUGUUAAUAUGUUAGCAAAUUCGUAACAAAUUCACUCAAAAGAUGCUAGCAAAUUGGUCUAAAGUUAGACUUGCGAUCUGUCGACAAAGAAUUUGAUAAUAAAUUAACGAUAAAAACUGAGUAAAAUCUGCUAACGCAACUUAAUGUUAAAUUGGCGACAGAAAUUGAUUAAGAUCUGCAAUUCCUAGCCGUUUAAAUACAAGAGAAUAAUAACAUAUAAAUUGUUAUCUAAUUUAAUAUUCAAAGCUAACGUGAAUUCAUUAAAAUGUUAAUAUAUUUUACUGCAAAAUAGUUGCCCAAAUCAGAAAUUCAACAUUCCGUUUCCAAACUCUAUCUUGAGUCUUCAGCUUAAUUUAAUAAUUAAAUAAAUAAUAAAAUAAAUUACAAAAAUAAUUUAAUUUAUAAGACAUGAAAUAUAAUUAGGUAGCCUAUGUUGGUUGCAUAAACGUAUCUAAUAUAUUAUAAACGUUAAACACCAAUAAGAAACAUCUCAACAAAAACCAUACUCUGCUUGAAAGCAUAAUUUAAGAAACAUUUUUAUA